UGGCGCUGUUGUGUCACGUGAGUCGUCGUUUCUGAAACAUGGCUCCAAGUAGCACAGAACAAAACACCAUCGGCUGAGUGAUUGUCGUCUGUUUUCACUGACAGGCGUCUGUUAGCCCACAGCAUGGAGCGCGGAGAUGUUACACCGCGGGAUGAACUCAAUUUAUAAGUUAAUGUUGUACAAACUAAUCAUGCGUGAAACCGGCAGUAAAGCGUUAGCUUAACGCUAGCUAGCUGUCACCUGCUACAAGUGGACAGAGAAGGACACACAGAAGAGGGGAACAUAGGGUACCCCAAUUGUCUUGGAUUCCUUCCCACAUGGAUGUAUAAAAGUUGCAGUUGGUGGAGGAUACUGGGGUGGAAAACAGCUGCACAGUGUGCCAGUCUUACUAAGCAUUCUCACCAUGGAUUGGCUGAUACAUGCAGUAGAGAAAGACUUGGGGAUUGACCGACGUCAGCUAGGCUCAGGACCCCGUCCCCGGGAACUUGUAGCCCUUGUUCCCUCACGCUGGGUGAUGGGGCUCAGAGACAGGAGGGUCAUUCGCUGUGCACGCUUUGACAGCAUCAGCGAAACUGAAAUUGGCACAUACCUUCACUGUCCCCAGGCCAAAUUGCCUCCUGGCUGGACUCGAGUAUGUAUUCAGGGUCUCCGGAAAAGCAAAGUGAGCUACAGAUUGGCCAGAGACCCCUGCUAUAAUCAAACGGAAUUCAUCUUUCAGGAUUCUUUCAUCAAAACCAUGCAGCGUGUGUCACAGCAUAAUGUCAGAAACCUGUGGCGGGAAGCUCAUUACAAACUUGUGCAGCCGUAUGCAGGACCAAAUGAGCAGAUGCAUGUUGCGGCUGUAGAUGCAGUGCGUCAUGCACUACAAAAGCUUUUCAACACCACAUUCAUCUCAUCUGACAAAAUGUCACCUUCACUAUCUCCUGCAAGAGAGAAGGACAAGGAAAACUGCUUUUCAUCCACUUCAUGUGGUUUUUCAAAGUCCCAGUCAGACCACUUGUGCCCUAAUGUUCUCUCUGUUGAGUGUCUGCUUGAAACUGCAGAUAUGCUCUAUGUUGUACAACCUUAUACUCAGUAUUCUCUCCAUGAUAUCGUCUCCUUUAGCCCAGCCAAGCUCGCUAACAGCCAUGCCAAAGUGUUGUUCAUUCUCUACCAAGUACUAAAAGCCUUGCAGGCAUGUCAUGCAGCUGGUCUGUCUUGUGGAGAACUCUCACUGCAGGACAUAGCAGUUGAUGAACAACUUUGCAGUCGUCUCAAGCUCAGCCUUGCUCAUUAUGAGGACCUGACUAUGGAGGGAGAUGCAAAGAGUGAUGUGACUGGUAUACAGAACUCAAAAAAUGUCCUAAGGAAGGAGGUGUGUGUGAGCCAAGAGAACAAGAGACUCUGUGAAGAUUGCUUUGGUGAGCUCAAGACAUUGGUCCUGGACUGGGUACAUGGACGAGUCAGCAACUUCCGCUAUUUGAUGGAACUAAAUAGGUUAGCAGGACGGCGAGAUGGAGACCCAAAUUAUCACCCUGUGCUGCCGUGGGUGGUGGAUUUCACUACGCCUUUUGGAAAAUUCCGAGACCUUCGGAGGUCCAAGUUCAGGCUCAAUAAGGGGGACAAACAGCUGGACUUCACUUACGAGAUGACAAAGGAGGCUUUGGCAGCUGCAGGGGGCAAUGGAGUAGGGGGUGGCAGUGUAGGAGGAGACCUCAGUGCCUCUGUAGGCACUGGUGGUGCUGGACAGCCUGACCAUCUUCAUGUACCUCAUCACAUUUCUGAUGUGCUCUCAGACAUCACCUACUAUGUCUAUAAAGCCCGCCAGACUCCCAGAUCAGUGUUGUGCAGCCAUGUUCGUUCCCAGUGGGAACCUAAUGAAUACCCAGCCAGCAUGGAGCGCAUGCAGAGCUGGACCCCUGAUGAAUGCAUUCCAGAGUUUUACACAGAUCCCACUAUUUUCCGUUCAAUUCACCCCGACAUGCCAGACCUGGAUGUGCCUUCCUGGUUGUAAAUCUUGUGAAGAGUUCAUGAGGUCCACCGUCACCUUCUGGAGAGCAGAGAGGUCUCGCAUCUGCAUCAUUGGAUAGACCUCACAUUUGGCUACAAGCUCUCAGGCAAAGAAGCUGUGAAGGCCAAGAAUGUGUGCUUGCUAGUGGAUAACCACACCAAUCUGACCACUUACGGUGUGGUACAGCUAUUUGACCAACCCCACCCACCACGCUUAUCUCUCCAGUAUGCUCCAGCAGAACCACCUCUCCUAGGCCUUGCUGCUCUCAAUGUGCCUUCUCUACACAUCCCUCAAUUUGAUACCGUGGCCGACACUGUGGAUGGAAUGGUGCCAGAGUCCACUGGCUGUGAGUCUAGUGGGUGGACCAUGGUGGAUAAAGAUGAAGAGCUUGAACAAGGCAUGGAGGCCCUUGACUCAUUAGCAUCAGCUGGCUCUACUAGUUCUACUUCCAGCUCUGUGCCACUGCCAAACAUUGGUUCAGCAGGAGGAAAGGUGGGAGGAGACAACACAGCACUCAUAGUGUCCCAGUCUCCAGGCUCUUUCCCUGGUGACUUCACAAGCAGCUUAGGUCCAGGUUUACGCAGUGCUAUGUUACAGAGAGGUGGGCAAACCAACAAAAAACAUGGGGAGGGGAGUGUGAGUGUCACCAAUGCAGAGGAAAUCAAAAUCAGCCUCCCUGAAGGCUUCAGUCCACUGCAGCCUUUGGAAGAGUUAGAGAAGCUGAAUAAUUUCCUGGUCAAGAGUCUUCAUGCUGAAGUGUGGCAUCCUGCAAGUGAAGGCACGAGAGAGAGUAUGAUAACUGAGUCUCUUCCCUCUCUUACGCUGCUCUACCAAAGAGAUAUGCAGGCCCUUGGUGUUGUUAUUGCUGAGCUGUUUUACUCCUCUAAACUUAGAGGACUAAAACCAGGUGCCCCACUCAGACAGCGGUUCCAAGCGAUCAUGAAGCUAUGCUCAGCCAGCCUCCGUGAUGUACCCCUGUCUUUGCAUUCAUGCUCUUGAGGACCUCUGCUGCUCAUAGAGAAGCACUCUGGCUCAGGGCAUACACAAGCACUAGAUUGCCCACGUCCACUCCUUUUCAAAUAUGAUCCUAUUAGCGAUGGUCUGCCGCCCCCAAACCCUUGCCAGUUACUUAACUCUGUCAUCACUCCAUUUCCUUUCCCUCCGUAUUUUGCUUCUCUUCAUCAUUUCAUUUUCUCCUACCACGCCAAGAUGGAGACAACAUGUAGUCUGCAAGGAAGAGACGUGGUCUUUCAUCUAUGGCAGCAGCUUGAGACACUGUUACACGGUAACAUCACUGCUGAGGGCCUUGAGAUUCUGUUGCCUUUCAUUCUAGCCCUCAUGCUUGAGGAGUCCACUGCGAUCUAUGCUGCGGUACUUUUUGAGCCGAUCUCUAGAGUCCUGGGUCCUAGGAAUGCAAACAAGUAUUUACUGAAGCCGUUGAUCAAUGUUUAUGAAAACCCUCACUAUCUGCGAGGACGUUUCUAUCUUUACACUGACUGUUUAUUCUGCAGUGAUGUAAGGCUCGGUCUGCAGGCUUUUCUGUCCAGCCUACUCCCCCAUGUGCUGCAGGUCAUCACCGGCUUUGAAAGCUGUGACUCGGAGUCUGGAGGGUGAUGCUUGUAAGGACUUAGGGCAGGUACAUGUAAUCUGGGAGAGGAAGAGGAAGAAGACUUUCAGUGUGGCAAGGUACGUUCGUCGUCUGGGUCUGUUACUGGAAAUAUGGGAAGCGGAAGUGGAACGAGUGGAGGAGUUGGGGUAGUAGGAGACACAGGGCUGGUGGAUUAUUCCUCUGGCAUCAGUCUCAAUGACCAAGUGUUUCUUACAGAAGCAGAGGACUUUCAGAAUGGUUUCUAUGUGAACAGUGCAACUGGAGUUUCAGCUGGGAAGCAACAGAACCAGAAUGCCACAAGUAAAGAUCAGGACCAAGAGUCUCUGAGUGUGGGGAAACUGAGUGACAAAAGCAGCACAAGUGAACUCUCCCUGGGUGAUGGAGACUCAAUGCGGGACCGAACUAGUCUCAAGUCAGCUGAUAGCAGCCAGGACCUUAAACAGGCCAGUGAGGGAGAGGAGGGUGGAGAGCUAGAGGAAGAAGAGGUGGCUGAGACUGAGAGUAAAGAGCAAGCCAGUGAACCUUCCCAUCCCUAAUCUGGAGCCAACUCUUUCGGUUGCACAGAAGCUUCAGGAACUACAGAUGCCACUCUUGAGGGUGAAUUUGUGAAUGGAAUGGUAAUGGUGACACUGGCAAAGGUUGUUGUGGGAGAGCAGGAGGAAGAGGAUGACAGUGAUCCUUCAGAGGAAUCUGAAGAGAAAGAGCAGAAAAUUCUUUUAGACACAGUCUGCAAAACAGUUCGAUGGCUAUCAGCAAAGCUUGGACCAACAGUGACAUCACGAUAUGUAGCCAGAAACUUGCUGCGAUUACUCACAAAUUGUUACAUUGGGCUUAAAAAUCACCAGUUUGUGGCCCCUGCAUCUGAGGAAAGUGGUGUGGAAGAUGUGGGAAUGGGCAGUGUGUAUGAGAAGAAACCUGUAGUUGGUGACCAGACAGCAGGGCCUGUGUUGGACUGUCUGAUCUACAUUGCACAGCUUUAUGGAGAACCUGUGCUCACCUAUCAGUACCUGCCUUAUAUAGGAUAUUUGGUGUCUCCGCCUUCUUCGCAUGCGUCUACACACAGUAAGGAGGCAAGUUUGCUUGGGGCUGUGGCAUUGAGCAGAAGAUCAUUGUCUUUCUCUCGGAUUACCACUCUAAUGGAUAUUGCUGAUGAAGAUAACCAGGAUGUGCUCCUGCCACUACUGGACCUGCUCACCACCCUCGAAUGGGGUAUUCCCAGUGGGGUGCAGACACGCACUGCUGUCUGUCUCAAAACACUCAGUCUAAUGGCUCUCAUCUGUCUACGUAUUGGGAGGGAGAUGGUUCAGCAGCAUAUGGCUGACACUCUGCGACGGUUCUUUGCUAUUUUCUCCCUGCUGCAUACUUUGCAGCCUCAGCUGGACAGCGCCCCUCGUAGAAUCUUGGGAGAAGUCACAGUGGUGGAUGUUUGUACCCCCGAGGAGUCAAAUGUCACAUAUGAGUUGGGGGUUCUGGAGGAGCUGCAGACAGUGUUUAAUCCUGAGAUGGCCCAUGCAUCCUACAUCCCCUUCUACUGCCUCAUAGGUAUGAAAUGCAUUUAAUACAAAAUUCCCUGUUAACGAUUGGGAACUGGUGCCAAUCACGAGCUAGUUUGGCAGUUAGCUCAGUCAUAUCAUCAGAGUGUGAGCCAAGGGAGCCCACAGUCCAGCCUCACAACAGCAUCUAGAGCGGAACCACCUCCCUCCUCCAUUAGUGUCUCCUCUGGUUUUGGCAGACGAGCGGUUUGCAACCCAUUCCCUGCACCUUCAACUAGCUCCACCCCCCUGGGGGACUCCCUUCCUGAGUCAGGCACAUUUGGCAGCCACCUUGUAGGAAAUCGUAUUCAGGUGUCUCGAGACCAUGAUUUUAGUGGUUCACCCAACCUGGCCAGCUCAUGGGGGCGCUCCAGUCAUACAGGCCCAUUUCACACCGCCUCCACCUUUACGACUCCAUCUUCUGGCACAGCCUCCUUUUCCUCUUCAUGGGUCACAGGCCACACUCCAGAGGACAGCGCUUUGAAGCAGGAGCUCCCACGCAGCGGGCGCUCUCUGCAGGGCAACUGGCUCGCCUACUGGCAGUAUGAGAUUGGACUCAAUCAGCAGGAUCCACAUUUCCACUUCCACCAAAUUCGACUGCAGAGCUUCCUUGGUCACUCAGGCACCACAAAGUGUUUGGCACCACUAGCAGGAGAGGAUUACUUCCUCUCUGGUAGCAAAGACAAGACUGUAAAGCUUUGGCCCCUCUAUAACCAUGGUGAUGGAACACAGGAAGUGGAGCCCAGACUGACAUAUGCUGAACAUCGCAAGUCAGUGUUCUAUGUUGGACAGCUAGAGGCGUCACAGGAAGUAGCUAGCUGUGAUGGUACUGUGCACCUGUGGGACCAGUAUACAGGAAAGCAGAUUCGCUCAUAUGAAGCAGUGGAUGGUAAGAACCCCAUUACAGCUGUCACUACUAUGCCAGCUCCACACUGCAGCGUUGUCUUUGGCAGUGCAGAUUCUGUUCUCCGCUUCAUUGAUCCCCGCAAACCAGGACUACAGCAUGAAUUCCGUCUGGCAUACAACAAUGUGAGUGCUGGGCUCAUCCGUUACCUGGCUGUGAGCCCUGCAGGGCGCACUGUGGCUGCAGGUUUUUCAUCUGGCUUCAUUGUUCUGCUAGACGCUCGCACAGGGCUGGUUCUGAAGGGCUGGCCAGCUCAUGAGGGGGAUAUCCUCCAAAUGAAGGCUGCAGAAGGAAACCUGGUCAUUAGCUCCUCCACUGACUACACACUCACGGUGUGGAAAGACCUGGAACAUAAGCCUCUCCGUCAGUACAAGUCGCAGUCUGACCCCAUCCAUGCCUUCGACCUUUACGGUUCAGAGAUUGUAACUGGGACAGUGGCUAACAAGAUCGGGGUGUACUCCAUGGCUGAUAUCUCCCUGAGCCCUGUUAGCAGCACAAAGCUGAGCUCAGAGAACUUCCGCGGCACCCUGACCAGCCUGGCAGUCCUUCCCACCAAGAGGCUCCUGCUGCUCGGCUCUGAGAACGGGGCCAUCCGGUUGUUAGCUUAAGCAAAGUCAGCAGAUCCCAGCUUCACUAACAGUUCUUAUCACUGAUGUUGUAAGUGUCUCAUUCAUCAAGACACCUGCUAUCUGAGCUCUACUGGUCCCCUAUCCUGUGGUCAGUAGUACGUAGAAGACAAGAUGUCAGUUUCUCUAAAUUGCUUCUUGAAUAACGCAGCACAAAUAAAUGUGUGUAAGUUUCGCACGUGCUGGAGCUUACCACUCUGCGCUGUUGGCACUGAAAUUGAUAGAGAGAAAAAAUGUGCCACACUAUUGAAACUUAUCAUGUACAGUAACUCCCAUGAUUUUUUAAAAGCAUUUUUGCCUAUAGAUGUAUAGAAAAUAUGUAAUGGAAAAUUAUCUUAAGUCAUUUGUUCUUUUGAAAAGGUCAGUUUUUCUGUUCAAAAGAAUGAAUCAAAAGACGUGCUCAGGAAGGUGGAACCAAACAUGGUUCUUAUGUAGUGUUUACACUUUCCAAAUAGAUGCAUACAACACCAAAAAUACAUUGACCUCACCUUUGAUUUCCCUCGACAUUAGACUACAUAUGUAUCCAAUGCACUGAUUAAACUAUGCAGUAUUUGUAGAUGAAGUCAUUUGUUUUGUGUUAGACUUCGCAGUCAGUGAUUUAUACAUUAUGAACAAUAAAAGUAGACUCACUGUUUUUGACAGUCUUGGUGCAUCUUCUCAGACUGGAGACGCUUCAGUAGUCAUCAAGUACUUAUGUCAGUUACUGAUGCACAGCCUUUAUUCAACCGCACAAGUAUGGCCUGAAUUGUAAUGUUUAAAUUCUGUCAGCUUUUAAAGACUGAAUGUUUUUAUCCACUAAUAAAUUACUUGAAGUUGCUUUGAAAUUUUCUAAACUGUGGCUAAAUAUUCUUCAUGUAACAAAGUCUGUAGCAGCAUUAAUCCAAGAGUGUGUCUAUAACAGUGCCACUUGAACUAGGUAUGCCAAUUUUUAGACUCAUCACUUUGUUUUCUGACUCCACAAGCUAACAUGAAACAGUCAAUGCCAAGAUAAAGAAUUUUAUAUUUUAACAUUUCUAAGUAUCUACAUAUCAGGUGAAGAAAGUUUGAAAUCAAUAAUAAAAUGUGGUUUAACUACUAAUGUUAAUGAAUAUACAGUAGAGUGACAUUUCUUUUCUGAGCCAGGCCAGCUUUUAUUGUCAUUAAACUCUUUAACCAAGGCUGGAAAGCCCAUUUACAUCAUCCACCAAUCAAUGCUCUGUCCUUUUAUAUAAUUUUAUCACUGUCUCAAUGUAAAACACAGUUUGCCUACUUUUCUAAUAAUUUGCCCAAAGUAAAAAAAAAAAAAAAAAG